AUGAUCUUCCAACGAGGCACGGACUUGUUCACCCCUCUCCCGCAAGACAUGUUAGAUUCGGAAAUGUACAACAUAAUCGCGAUUGUCACCAUCUCCACUUCUACCAUCCUCCCACUGCUCGUCCCUCCGUUUCCUUUCCCGCCCAGUGGCAUACUGCCAAGGCUAGCCGAUCACCAUCACGCAGCAGCUAAUCGUGAGGACAAUGCUGCGGAUAGGGACGAGGGUGGGUUCCUUCUGCCUCAUCCGCCUCCCCAUCCCUGCAUCAAUCUAUCGGGCGAAGGGGCUGAUCUCGGUAGCAAUUGUUUGUCCUUCAACUAG